AUGGAUCGGUUCGGGCAAUGGCGCGGUCCCCGCAAAGCAGCCAUCUGCCUCACCAUGGACAACCUCGGCGAAGCGCAAGACGUCUACAAAGAAACCUGGGACAAACCCAUUGGCACUCAUCCAUCCAUUACCGACCAGCUACCACGGAUGCUCGACCUGCUCGACAAAUACAACAUCAAAAUCACCUACUUUAUCGAGUCUUGGAGCCUCGCCGUCUAUCCCGACGUCGUCAAGGACAUCAUCGCUCGUGGUCACGAGGUUGCAUGGCACGGCUACCAACAUGAGCCGUGGGCUUCCCUUCCUCUUGAAGAGGUGCGCGAUAAACUCGACAAGAGCUUCGAGAUGGCCGAGCCGCUAGGGAUCAAGUACGUCGGGUUCCGACCGCCUGGAGGAGAGCUGGGAAAGCGUACUUCAUGGGAUCUGAUAAAGGAGAGCGGUUUGGAGUAUAUCUCACCAGUAGACUUGGAAUUUAGGUGGCUCGAUCACCUGAAUGGUAUUACCGUACUGCCCUUGGAGUGGCCGGAGGUAGACGCCUUCUACUAUAUGGAGAAGUUCGCUGAUAAAAGAUCGGCCUAUCGAGAGCAGAGGGCGGUCAUGUCGCCAGCCCAGUUCAAGGAACACUUGAUGAACAAGAUUGAUCUUGCGUUGGAAGAUGAGGGCUUCCUGUCGAUUCUAUUUCAUCCGUUCUUGCAAACUAGCGAGGAGAAGCUUGAGGUUUUUGAGGAUGUGCUCAAGCGUAUUGCGAAUGAUCCGGAAAUCUUCUGUGCCCCGUGUCGGGACGUUGCGAAGAUCGCAUCUCAGUGGCAGUGGGAUGAGAAUGAGGACGGAAAAUAG